UGUUUCUCAAAAUAAUAUUUUUAGCAAAUGAAAAUGAUCCACAUCGUACCCGAACCUGUAACAUGGCGCUGUCCAUCAAGAUGGUGAAGAUGUUGACCAUUGGAUUGUUAUUAUUUUGUCUUACGUCUACAGUACAGGGAAAACCCAAAUCUGUAUCUGUGUCACUUGAUGCUAAAUGGGGUUCAACACCUUUAUUGUUAGAAGCUAGUGAAUACCUUGCAAAAGAAAAUAUUGAAUAUUUUUGGAGAUAUAUUAGUGACGUUUCACUACUCAAACCAGAGGAAAUGGAAAGUGUAAAAGAUCUACCCUACUAUUCCAUGAUACUUCAGUAUGCAGAGAAGUCACUAUCUAAGUUACAGAUGAGCUUACUCAAGUUGUCAAUGUCUCUAAGAAUAUAUUCUCCUGCUAUCGAAAGUUUUAAUCAGAUGGCGCUGCAUGAGCCUCCCCCUGAAAAGAAAAACUGUGAUGUAUUUGUGAGCUUGAAUGGACUUCAGGUCUGCAGUCCAAAAAAAAUAGAAAAAAACCUGGAAGAAGCCAAGAAAAGGAAAAAGACAGCUAUAUACAAGUUUGAUCAUGUUUACCCAGGAUCAGAUGAUUCUGAUAUACCUGUAGUGGCUGUUUUGUAUGGAGAACUUGGAAAGCCAAAAUUUAGGGACUUCCAUGUGGAACUUAGAAACUUGGCCAUGAGUCAUGAAGUUACUUAUUUACUGCGACACUUUGUUAAGAAUCCUUCUGAACAGAAGACCAGAUUAUCAGGUUAUGGGGUAGAACUUGCAAUCAAAAGUCAGGAAUAUAAAGCUAAAGAUGAUACAAAGAUUGAAGGUGAUGGAACAAAAGAGGAAGAUGAAGUGAUAGAAGGAGAAGAUGAAAUUCAAGGAUUUAUUUUCUCAAAACUCAAAGAUUUGUACCCAGAACAACAGGAUGAUUUGAAACAAUUUAGAAAACAUCUUAGAGAAUCUUCUACAGAACUGACAGCAUUGAAAGUAUGGCAGUUACAAGAUUUGAGCUUGCAAGCUGCACAAACUGUAUUGUUAUCUGAAGGUCCAGAAGCUCUGAAAAAAUUACAAGAUAUCAGUCAAAACUUUCCUUCUGUUGCCAGGACUUUGGUUAAAGUGCCAGUGAAGAAAGAAAUGAAAAAAGAAAUUGAGAAAAACCAACAGUAUUUUGAGAAUUACCAUGGUAUAUCCCCAGGAGAUGCUGCCCUGUAUGUUAAUGGUCUACCAAUAGAUAUAGAUGUAUAUGAUAUGUUUACAUUCUUAGAUGUAAUGAGAUCAGAGGCCAAACUGAUGCAAGGAUUAUUUUCUUUAGGUUUCAAGGGAAAUGAUUUAUCCCAGUUGAUGAAGCUAGAUUUGUCAGGAGAAACAGAAAAUUUUGCACUAGAUAUUAGACAUACUGCCAUUCAAUAUAUAAAUGAUUUAGAAAAAGAUAAGAAGUAUAGUAACUGGCCAAGCAGUGUCCAAGAUUUACUGAGACCUACUUUUCCAGGGAUGUUACGACAUGUUGCUAGAAAUAUAUUUCAUUUGGUUUUCAUUGUUGAUCCAUUGGAUAAAGAGAGUAGAGAGCUUGUUAAAAUGGCUGAAGCAUUCAUUGUUCACAGUGCACCAAUCAGAGUAGCUGUUGUAUUCGUAACCAAUGAUGAUAUGAAGGUCACGGGACAUGAUGAUGCAGGUGUGGCCCUAUCUAGGGCAUAUGAUAUACUUAGUCAAGAAGAGAAUCAUGGGAAGGCUUUGUCAUUUGUCACUGAUGUGUAUGAAAAAGUGAAGUCAGGAACCAUUGCACCAGAACAAGUUGUUGAAGUGUUUCAAAAGAAGUAUAAAGAUCAUGACUUUGAAAUGAUAUUUGGUUCUGAUGAUGAAUAUGAUACAAGCAGAAAGGCAGCUUUAGAUUAUAUAAAAAGAGCAGGACUAAAGGAUUUCCCCCAGGUAUUAUUGAAUGGUGUUCCACUGAAGGAGAAAUAUUUAACAGAGAAUACAUUUGAAGAGGGAGUUGUAUCAGAGAUCAUGGCACAGACACCAGAUAUACAGAAAGCUGUCUAUAAUGGGAACUUACAUGAUGGCAACAAUAUACAUGAAUGGUUGAUGGAGAAGAGUAAUGUGUUACCCAGAUUAAACUCUCGUGUUCUGUCUCCACCAGUCAAAACACUAGACCUGACGGUUAAUAUUGAUGGAGGCUCCUUUGAUGAUGUGGAUACAUUUGGACUACUUACUUCAGAUGACAUGACAGCUGUUAUGGCAGAAAAUAUGAAAUAUAUGCAGAGAAGAGAUAACAUUGUAUUAAGAGCAGUGACCAUGUGGGUGGUUUGUGAUGUAGAAACAACAGAAGGGAGACAACUCCUAUAUAAUGCUAUUAAGCAACUGAAACAUUCCCAUGAUUUGAGGGUUGGUGUGGUAUUUAAUACUGAAGUUGAAGAAGGCAAAGAUUAUAUGAUCAGUAAGGCUAUUUUCUUAGCUCUUAAAACAUUAGACACCUCAGAAGCCAAGAAUUUCAUCACCAAGCUUGUAAAGGAAGAAAAUGUCAAAGAUUUGGUCGAGGCUAAGAAAACACUGAGAGAUUUUGAAGUCAGUGGAAUGGAUAUGGAUAGUUUCUUAUCUCAGCUUGAUAAUUUAUUAACUCAUUUCCUGAGAGUCCAUAGACUGUUUGUUAGAUCUGUCCUAGGAUGGAGAACAGAAGCAAGAGGGCUGGUCACUAAUGGCAAGGUUAUAGGAGCAUUUGACGACACUGAAGAAUUUACAGAAGAGGAUAUUGCAUUGCAAGAGAAAUUUGUUUUUGAGAAAGGAGCAAAGAAGAUCAAAGAAAGAGUAAUGAAGAUGGGAAUUUUAGAUGAAAGAGGAAGUGAUAUGGUGAUGAAAGUUUCUGCUUUGUUGUCAUCUAAAACCUCUACUACUGAAAGAAAAGAAAUCAAUUUCCAUGCAGAUGAACACAGUGUAUUGAAGAUUCUAGGUGAUACAAAUGAACCUGCCUUCCAGAUAGAGGCUAUUAUAGAUCCUGUGUCUAGUGAAGCACAGAAAUUAGCUCCUAUUCUCUUGGUUCUGAAAAGAGCAGUAAAUGUUGAUAUAAAAAUCUUUAUGAACAGCAGGGAUAAAUUAUCAGAGAUGCCAUUAACUACAUAUUACCGCUAUGUUCUGAGCCCUGAUGUAGAAUUUGAGCCAAAUGCAAUGUUUAAGUCUGGACAGAAGGCAGUAUUUACAGGACUCCCACAUAAAUCUGUACUGACAUUAGGAAUGAAGUGUCCAGAAAGUUGGAUGGUGGAAUCAGUCAAAGCAUUGUAUGAUCUGGAUAAUAUUCUGUUAGAGGAGGUUGACAGUGUUGUACACGCAGAAUUUGAUUUGGAAUAUCUUUUGUUGGAGGGUCAUGGAUCAGAUGGUACGUCUGGACAGCCACCACGAGGUCUACAGUUUACUCUAGGAUCUAAUUCGACACCUAUGGUAGACACCAUUGUUAUGGCUAAUCUAGGAUAUUUCCAGCUAAAGGCUACACCUGGACUUUGGCAUCUCAGACUGAGAGAAGGAAGGUCUAGAGAAAUAUAUGAUAUUGCAAGUCAUGAAUAUACAGACACCCCUUCAGAUUCAGAUGAUGUCGUCAUUUCUGUCAAUAGUUUCAAGAGUAAAAUUAUUAGAAUCAAAGUUGAAAAGAAAGAAGACAAGAAAAAUGAAGACUUAUUAAAAGAACCACAGGAUGAAGAAAAAGGUUUAUGGGAUUCUAUUUCAAGCACACUAACAGGAGACAAAGGUGGCACAAAAGAUGUAGACGAGACUUUAAAUAUCUUCUCCCUAGCAUCAGGUCUUAUGUAUGAAAGAUUGAUGAGAAUUAUGAUGAUGAGUGUUUUGAAACAUACAAAGUCAAAAGUAAAGUUUUGGUUUUUGAAAAAUUACUUAUCACCAUCUUUUAAGGAUUUUAUACCAAAAAUGGCUGAAAAUUAUGGAUUUGAAUAUGAAUUAGUACAGUACAAAUGGCCGAGAUGGUUGAAUCAGCAGAAAGAAAAACAAAGAGUUAUGUGGGGAUAUAAGAUCCUUUUCCUUGAUGUAUUGUUCCCAUUGGAUGUAAAGAAAUUUAUAUUUGUUGAUGCUGAUCAGAUUGUAAGAGCAGAUCUCCAAGAAUUGCAUGACUUAGAUUUGAAUGGGGCUCCAUAUGGGUACACUCCUUUCUGCAGUGAUAGAAAAGAAAUGGAUGGAUUCAGAUUUUGGAAAUCAGGUUAUUGGGCCAGUCAUUUAGCUGGAAGAAAAUACCAUAUCAGUGCCUUAUAUGUAGUAGACUUGAAAAAGUUCCGCAAGAUAGCAGCUGGUGAUAGAUUGCGUGGACAAUAUCAAGGAUUAAGUCAGGAUCCUAACAGUUUAUCUAACUUAGAUCAAGAUUUACCUAAUAAUAUGAUACAUCAAGUUAGCAUUAAAUCAUUGCCACAGGAGUGGCUGUGGUGUGCCACUUGGUGUAGUGAUGAAUCUAAAGCUAAGGCUAAAACUAUAGAUCUGUGCAAUAAUCCAUUAACCAAAGAGCCAAAAUUAAAAGCAGCUUUAAGAAUAGCACCAGAAUGGAAAGAUUAUGAUUAUGAAAUAAAAGUUUUAUGGGAUAAAAUAUAUGGUACAAAUACAAGAAAUCAACUAGAAUAUGAAGCACCAAAUGUAGAUACUAAAGAAAUAGGUGCCAAAUUAGGUCUCCAUGACGAGUUAUAACGACUACUUAAUAACUAGUUUUAAAUUUGACAGUUGAAUCUUCAGAUUUUAGUUAUACAUAUAUGUAAAUCUAUACUAAUUUAUCAUUCUGAAUUUUUAUUGUUUGCAUUUAUUGUUUGUUCUUAACAGGAAAAAAUAAUUGUAAAACAAUUGUUAAGUUCCACAAGGGACCAUAUGACCAAUAUUUAAGAUAAAUCAUGUGUUUAAGUUGUUAUUGGAGGUUACUGAAUAACUUUGUUAGUAUUUUUUUCUGAAUGAGCUGGACUUUUCACAAUACUAAUGUUCAAUUGAUGUUUUUUGUUUCAAUUAUUGUAAUACCCUGUGAACAGAAUUAUUAUUUUGCAAAUCAUGAUGUUCCUCAAACAAAAUAUGCACCAAUACAUUAAAGAAAUACUUAAUUUGGUAUUAAAGUAAACUUCUGGGUUUAGUUCUCUGUGUAUCAAAAGUAAGACUCGAAACUAAUAGAAAACUUAGAUUGUUGUAUCUCUACUGAUAAGAGCAAGUGUAUUGCCACCUGGAAAAUUAAAUCAUGGAAAAUAUCAGUUAUUCAUAAUAAUAUUGCUGAAUCAUUUAUCUAAACAAAAACCCAAAAUCUUUAUUUCUUUUCCAAAUGAGAAAUAAAACCUCUUGAAUUCUUGUUAUGUAAACAUUUGAUUUAAGUGUUAUGAUAACGAUUAAUACAAAAAUUGAUUGUAAAUUGUACUGUUAAGUGCUGAACAUUUUCUUAUUAUUUUUGAAUGAUUGUUUGUGACAACGUCAUAGGUUUUUACUUCUUAAAUCCUCUCAGUUUUUAUCACAUAAUUAUUCACAAAAUACUUUAUAUUUUGUUGCUAACUAGUGUUAGUAUUUAGAAGUCACAUUUCAACAUUUUACCUUAAUACAACAAAAUGCAGUACAGUAAUUGAAUCUGAUUUAUUAGACAAUCGUAGUGUUGAUGAUAUUUACAAAAUUUGUCAAUUGGAAAUUGAUGUUUAUCAACGAACAAUACUUUCCUGACUCAGGUUUAAGAUUCAUAUGCAUCUAAUUUAAAGAAUAAUCAUAAGACAUUAUUAUAUGUGAAGAUUAAAAUCUAGAUAUAUGUAGGAUACUGGAACAGGUUGAUCUCAGUUGUACUUUUGGACAUGUGGAUAGGUAGUGGGGUAGUUAUCUUUUUUCUCAUAUAUAUAUAUAUAUAUAAUGUUAGCUAUGUAUAAAUGCUUUGGAUGAAAAUUGUAAUGUAAGGUGAAUCAUUGUUUAUAUGUGUCUAUCUUCUGAAACUUUUAAAGUAUUCAUAUAUGGCUUAUAUUUUAGCUACUUAAUUUCUGUAACAUUAACCUGACUGGUAUUGAAACAUAACUUAUUAGUUUGAUCACUGAGAUUUUUCAAAAAAGGACACAUAUAAAUGCUGUUAUUAUAUUGGUUAAUUUGCAGCACAAGGUAAUAUUUUAUGUACGUUUUCAACAGGUCUUCCAGUAGGUAGAUUAAACUCACAAUGUCACAUAUUGUCUUAUUGCAUUUACUUUACUUGUUAAAGUAAGUUAAUGUUAAUACUGCCAGGAAAGAUGCAGCACACAAGAAUUUUGGGGAAAUAACAAACAUGACUAGGUUAUAGCUCUUGGAAAAUGAGACAAUUUUUAGAGGGACCUAUGUCUAUUUUUUAAUUUCACUGAAUUUUAUGUGCCAGUUGAUAAUGGUGUUUACCUCUAAGUUUUUAUCAUCAUACUAUAAAAAAAUUGGCAUAAUGCAGGUAAGCAAAGACAUUAGGUAAACAAUCUAUAACCAAGUGCUAGAAAUAUACUUUGACUCUACUUGUUUGAAGUUGUCUUUUAAAAAAAAAUCCAAAAUUUUUAUUGAUGCGCACAAUUUUUAAGUAUCUUCUCUUAUAGAAUAUCUGAAAUAAAUAUUAGAAUAGGCUUGCUAAAUUCAUAUUUAUUUGUUUACACUCUUAAUUUUGUAUUGUAAUCAGUUUGCGAUAAUGUUAAGUGUAUGUACACUCUGAAUGAUAAGAAAACAGUGAUAUUGUAUUUUAUUUUUAGUAUUUGUUUUAUUUUGUUAUCUUAUAUAUCAAUUUAAAUUUACCUAUAAAAUUGUAUUUAACUUUUUUUUAAUCUAAACAACCUCAUGCUACAAUGUUGAUACUUAAACGAUGAGUGAAGAAAAGUUAUAAAGUGCAAUUGACAUUGGAAUUCCAUUUAUCUUUCUUCCUUUUUUGGGGGGAGGGAGUAAAAAAUCAUUUUCUCAUUAAAUCACAUUGAAAUAGAGAAAACAACUUUUUAUCUUUGACUUGUUUACAUAGGUUAUACCCAUUUUCUGUUGAUCUUCUAGUUGCUUAAUAUAUAUAUAUUAUAUUGUGUCAUCAUCAUAAGGUAUUGAUUUUUAGGUGAAUGUUGAGUGAUUUGUAUGAGUGAGUGAAAUGAAUGCCACUUGUUCUGUGUGGAUUACCAAAGAGUUGGUAUUAUUGUAUGUUAUUUCAAAAAUCAUAAGAGUAAUUGUAUUAUGAUUGAUCUCCAUUCCAAGUGUCAUACACCUUUAUCUGUAUAUGUAUGAACUAACUUUAGCACAGUCAGGUAAAUAUGAUAAAGGAAGAUAGAGAGUUUGUUUCAUCUUUACAGGUACAUGUAGUGUAAUUAUGAAUACAUGUAUUAAAGACUGAGUCAUUGUUAAAUCAUUUUCCAAUUAAAAAAUUAAAAUAUCA